UUUCUCCAUUAAUAAAUCCCAGCUUGGAGAAUGGAAGUUUAGUAGUGCGUGGUCCUGCAUUCGCGGUAACGUGCACUGUUUUAUCUGCUCGAUUAGCGUCUGUUCGUUAAUUUAGUUUCGCUUUUUCCAUUCCGUUUUCAUUACAACUGUACAUGACAAUGGGAGUAUUGCAAUUCUGGUUUCGUUUUAUGGGUACAACCCUCUGGAUAAUUUCCAUCCUGUCGAUCACAAAUCUCACAGGAGGCAAUUCAACAUUGAUUGAGAAAAAUUUCGAUUUGACUUCAUACUUGCGGCCUCUACCUGAAGAUUUACGGACGAAGGUGAGAUUGGCUUUAAAUGCAGAGAAAGGAAAUCUACCAACGAUCCAAGAAUGUGAACAAUCUGAUGACUCGGUACCAUGUCCACCAAGCAAGUUCAGGUCUACCAAUGGAGAGUGUAAUAAUGUGAGACAUCCCAGUUGGGGUACUCGUGGAGCUCCAUUCCUGAGACUUGUAGAUGCGGAAUAUGCCGAUAGAAAAUCUCAGCCGAGAAGCUCAUCAACAACAAAGUCGCUUCCCAAUCCUCUAGAUGUUUCCGCCACUCUUCAGUCUAUUCCCGUUCAAUCGCACGAAUCAGUUACUGCUCUGCUUGGAGCAUGGAGCGAGCUUCUUUUGCACGAUUUGGCUAUGACGGGCAACCUAAAGAGUGAGGAUUGCUGUGCGGAUAACGAGAUUCAUCAAGAAUGUUAUGGACAUCUCGGAAACGGGCAAUGUAAGGAAUAUAUGAGGACUUUGCCGUCUAUGGAUGUUGAUAGUUGCAAUUUCAAGUAUCGCAAUCAGAUGAAUCUAGCGUCCUGCUUCUUAGACGGCUCAGCCGUGUAUGGCAAUACGGAUACCGAAUUACAAGUUCUUCGGACAUACGAUAAUGGCUUGGUAAACAUAUCAGCUUGCUUUCCUUGCCAAACAAAUGCGCUUUAUUCGGCAAUUCUAAGAGAGCAUAACCGAAUUGCGAUAAAUUUAGCAAUGCUGAAUAAACAUUGGAAUGAUGAGGACAUAUUUUUGGAAAGCCGCAGGAUUGUCAUUUCCGAAGUUCAACAUAUCACCUACAAUGAAUUUUUGCCUAUUGUUUUAGGACAAGAAUCAAUAGUGAACUCGGACCUUAGCUUGAGACCACAUGGUCGGUUUUCAAAAUAUUCCAGUUCAAGAAGAGCCGGAAUAUUUAAUGAAGUUGCGUUAACAGCACUUCCAGCUCUUCUGUCUAUGUUGCCCAGCAGCUUGAAUAAUAAAACCGCUGAAACGUUCGCUGAAAUGAUUGAUAUUCUCAUCACCGAACCAGCUCAGAAUCCCAGCAUGCAUAUAUCAGUGCCAUUACGAAAAGACUGGGAUACUUCAGGGUUGUUCGUACACAUGGGUAGAGAUCAUGGCAUUCCUGGCUACAUUACAGUGUUGGAGUUCUGCAGCAAUAAAACGUUCUCCAAGUAUCCGAAAUUUGACGACUUGAAAUCGUAUGGCAUCAAACCUGAAUACGUAAAAGCCUUGCGCUAUUUAUACAAUAAAACUGAGCAUAUUGAUCUACUCCCAGGAGUUUUACUAGAGACGCCCCUUCCUGGGUCUAUAGUCGGCAGAACGCUCAAUUGUUUAUUAACACGUCAGUUUGUUCUUCUUAAAAAAAGUGAUCGGUUCUGGUAUGAAAACGAUUUGCCUCCCAGUUCACUCACAACGGCUCAACUGAAAGAAAUUAAAAAGAUUACAUUGGCAGGCUUAUUGUGUAUCAACACAGAUGAUUUGGGCAAAAUACAACCAAAAGCGUUUGUUGUGGAAGAUCAGUUUCUAAAUGAAAGGAUUUUAUGUGAUCAAUAUGCGUUGCCCCAAUUGGCUGAAUGGGCCGAAAUGGACCCAAAAGUGGACGUCAGUGAAGAACUGUUGAUGCAUGCUCUAGCUAAAGCUGAGCAGAAAGUUUUGCAAAGGAAAAAGAUGGAAUACCAAGUUUGGAGCACAGUCGGUGGAGUUGAUCCUAAGUCAUCUCAUGGGAUAGCUGCAUCAUUUAGCAAAGCCAAUAAGCAAGCUUUGAAAAUCGCAAACACUUCACUGCUGCUAGAAUUUGCAUCAAACGAAAUUUUGAAUUCACUAUCCCAUCGAAGACGAAGACGGCAAAUUUUUGAAGGACGAGGUCUGGAUAUCCUCAUCAGUGACGAUUUCACCGACAAUCUGCAAACUGUGGAUAUAUCAUCGCGCAUUCCAUUUGAAGUGCUUCAUGACGAUGAGAAUUGCGCAGAAGAUGGCCCCUGUGAUCCAACAGCUCCAUAUAGAACCCUCUCAGGCCACUGUAAUAAUCUGAAGAGGCCCAACUGGGGAAAAAGCUUGACUACCUUUAACCGACUGUUGCCUAGUGCUUAUGAGGAUGGCAUUUCGAAACCGAGAACAACGGGAGUGACGGGAGUUCUUCUGCCCAAUCCCAGAACAGUAUCAAAAGUAGUUCACCCAGACAUCAGCAAUCUACACACGCGCUACACCCUCAUGGUCAUGCAGUUUGCCCAAAUAUUAGACCACGAUGUCACCAUGACGCCUAUUCACAAAGGCCAUCAUGAAUCUAUUCCGAGCUGUAGAUCGUGUGACAGUCCUAGAACGGUCCAUCCAGAAUGUAAUCCCAUUCCUGUGCCGCCUGGGGAUCACUAUUAUCCCACAUACAAUUUAACAACUGGCCAAGAAAUUUGUUUUCCAUUUAUGAGGUCUUUGCCUGGACAACUUCACCUUGGGCCCAGAGAACAGAUUAAUCAAAAUACUGGAUUCGUGGAUGGCUCUAUGAUUUACGGAGAAAAUCCAUGCGUGUUAAGGAAGAUUAUUGGCGACCAUGGAAAAAUGAACUGGACAGAACUAGCAAAUACGAAAGGAGUGUUGCCACGAAGUCCUACCCAUCCUGAAUGCAAAUCCAAAUCAGGAUUUUGUUUUAUUGCUGGUGAUGGUAGAGCAUCAGAGCAGCCGGGCCUUACAAUGAUCCACACCAUUUAUAUGAGAGAACAUAACAGAAUUCGAGAUGCUUUGCAUCAAAUUAAUCCACAUUGGGGCCAUGAAAAGCUCUUUGAAGAAUCCCGAAAAAUUGUAAUCGCAAGUUUUCAACACGUAGUUUAUAACGAAUUCUUGCCUAGAAUUCUUGGGUGGAAUGCGAUGAGUCUCUAUGGAUUAAAACUGCUACCUCAAGGCUAUUAUAAAGAAUAUAAUCCCAACUGCAAUCCGGCCGCAUUCACAGAAUUUGCAGCGGCCGCUUUUAGAAUUGGUCAUUCACUUUUGAGGCCUCAUAUUCCUAGACUGGACAAUAACUACAAUAUUGUGGAGCCGCCAAUUCUGUUACGAGACUUUUUCUUCGAAACGGACAUCAUGAUGAAGCCUGGACUAAUCGAUGAUAUUGCUCGUGGAAUGGUGUCGACGCCAAUGGAGAACCUCGAUCAAUUUAUUACAGGAGAAGUAACAAAUCAUUUAUUUGAGGAUCGCAAAAUACCCUUCUCAGGGAUCGAUCUUAUCGCGCUUAAUGUACAAAGAGCUAGGGAUCAUGGUAUACCUUCGUAUAAUAACUACAGAGCUCUGUGUAACCUUAAACGAGCAACCACUUGGGAGGAUUUGUCCCGAGAAAUACCUCCAGAUACUAUAAACCGGUUAAAAUCGAUCUAUCAAACAGUAGAUGACAUUGAUCUGUUUCCUGGAGGGAUGAGUGAGCGACCUCUCCAAGGGGGUCUGAUAGGUCCUACAUUUGGAUGCAUCAUUGCCAUACAAUUUAGACAUGCCAGAAAAUGUGAUAGAUUUUGGUAUGAAACCAAUGAUCCAGUAGUAAGAUUCACCGAAGCUCAAUUAGCUGAAAUUAGGAAAGUAACUUUAGCUAAAACUGUCUGUGAUAAUAUAGAUGGUAAUAGUGAUAUGCAAAGGUCUGCCUUCGAAUUACCCUCAAACUUCCUCAAUCCAAGAGUACCUUGUAGAAACCAUCCGACUAUAGAUUUUAAGCCAUGGAGAGAAAAUGCACCAGGGCAAGGUUGCCUAAUAGGUGGAAGACACGCCAAAGUAGGUGAAAGUGUCUUUCCCUCACCAUGUACGAGUUGUAUAUGCACGACCGAAGGAGGUACUUGUGCAUCUCUAAAAAUAACGGACUGCAGCCAGCUCUUACGGGAAUGGUCAAAAAGCAAUAUUCUCCGAGAUGAAGUUUGCACUGCCCAAUGUGGUUACUUGUUACGCAACUCUGGGCUUUCAAUAUCCAACAAAGCCAAUAACUUUCAAUCUAGACAACAAUUUGUUCGUCAAACCAAAAUAUCGGAUCCCAUUGGGUUUGACUUUCCUAGGGAAGUCCCCGAUUUGAGCCCAUUUAUUGUUUAAAGAGGCUUGCGACUGAUAAUUUUACUUUCUUUCUAUAGUUAAAUAUAAAAAUGCCCAAUUUGUCCAAUGUUAAGUUUUCAAAUUGAUUUGCACUUUUUUCUGAAAAAUAUUGAUAUUAGAAGUGUAAUUGAUUUUUAUAUAGUGCAAACCUUUACGAAUUGUUAGUGAUAUUACAGGUUCAUAUAACAUUAUAUUAGUUACCUAAUAUAUGCCACAAAUGGUCGUAUUUAUCAUUACUAUAAAUCUAAAAAUAUAGGCGAGACGUUUUAGCUUUUGACCGUCGACUUUCACUCACUGCCAAAACAGGCCUCGAUCUUUAAGCUACACUUUUGUAACGUCCUGAGGUCACUCUCCCCUAUAUCAGGUACGAAGGGAUAACAUUUUGCGUUUAAGUGUAUUUUAGAGGUCAGACUUUUUAUAUCUCAUUAGCCCAAGUAAUUUAUUUGAUUUGAUCCAUAUGAAAAUGAACUAUUUUAAAUGGCAAAGAUAAAACGUGUCUAAUGUAUGUAUGUGUUAUGGCUAAAUAUCGAAAUUUGUUACCAACCAGUUGUACCAGUUACUCACAAGUUAAACUAAAAUGUUUGAUUAAUGUUAAUAUUACAUCAGAAACAUUGUUUUUUCUAACACUAGCCAGAUAAUGACAUA